GGACCCCAGACUGGUCCUAUAUAAGUAUCCCCAGUGCCUCAAAUUUAAUUUGUAGUACAGUGUUCAGAUUGCGCGCAACUUACUGGACACUGCCAAGCAAGCCCAUUAUAGAAGCUUAUCAGAUUUAACUUUCAGUGAUUAAAAAUUAAUUAUCUACUUUGGAUUUAUGUGGAUUUAUAAUCAUUUCGAUGUACUGUUAAAGAAAAUGUGUACUUAAGACUUAAGAAGACAUGUACACAAAGGAAAACUGCGGGAAAAUGUCCUCGACAAAGGAAGACGUGUGUUCUAACCAAGAUAUUUCUGAUGGUGACUAUUCCUUGGCUCAAUCACGAUCUCGAAGACAGAAGGUUGAUAAAAAAGGCAGACUAUCAGCAUUUGAAAAAUUAAGGCAAGCUAAAGAAAGGGGAAUUAAAAACAAAUAUGAGGUGGAAGAAGAGAAAAAUGUCUAUGAAGUUGUUGAUGAGACAGAAUAUUCUGAACUGGUUAAGCAGCGUCAAGAGGAUGACUGGAUUAUCGAUGAUGAUGGAGCUGGCUAUGUUGAGGAUGGAAGAGAGAUAUUUGAUGAUGAAAUGGAUGACGAUUCAUCUGCAUCAACCUCAAGAAAGAAAAAGCAGGAACAAAAGAAGAACAAGAAUAUUGUGCGACCAGGAACAAAACCCAAGCAAGAUAUUAAGACUAUGUUUGCAGCUGCUGCUAGUAGUGCUAAACAUAAGCCAGAGAAGGAUGUCAGCUUGGCCAAUGAUGACAUGUUAGAUGACAUUCUCAAAGAACUGGAUACAAAAAAGAGUUCAACUGAAUUGAGGGUUGUCAGUGCCAAGGAAAAAGUACCUAAGAGACCUGCUCAUAACCCAUUUAAAGUUGAAUCCAAACAACCAGUCAAACAAGCACAACCUGAAAGAGCAACCAAACAUAUUAAGAGGGAGCUCUCUUUUCCUGUUGAAGAAAGCCAACCUGCCAAAGUAACCAGGGUAGCAGAGCUAGCACCAGUUAAGAAGGAAUUGGAAGAAACACUGGACACGAGUCAAGUGUUAGAUGAUCUAACAGAUGUCAAAAAUGAACCAGAUUUAUCUGGAAUUGACUUUGAUGUUGACAUCACUGAAUCUGAAACAGAUGUUAAACCUAAGUUAUCCGAAACUCUAGAAGAAAUGAAACCAAAGUGCAGUGAAGAAAUGUUCACAUUGGGCUGGCAGCACACAGAGCAAGAUGAGUCACCAACUGAUCUAUUGGUGGACACAACACAUCUGCCAUUGGUUAAAAAUAGUGCUGAUGAACCAGUUCUACGAUUCUAUUGGUUGGAUGCAUUUGAGGAUCCUUACCAUCAGCCAGGAACAGUCUAUUUAUUUGGUAAAGUUCAUUUAGAGAAGGCAAAUGCUUACGUCAGUUGUUGUGUUGCAGUCAAAAAUAUUGAAAGGAGAAUUUUUAUACUCCCUCGACCAAAGAGAGUCAAUGUUAAAACUAACCUGGAAACUUCAGAAGAUGUAACGAUGCCAAUGGUCUUUGAAGAGUUUAACACACUGACAGAAAAAUACAAAAUUGAUAAAUUUAGAUCUGCAAGGGUAAAAAAGAAUUAUGCUUUUGAAAAGCUGGAUGUCCCAGUGGAAGCAGAUUAUUUGGAAGUUCGCUACCUUGCUGAAUUUCCAGCGUUGCCUUCAGAGCUUAAAGGAGAAACAUUUAGUCAUGUAUUUGGUACCAAUACAUCAAGUCUGGAGCUUCUCUUAUUAAAUCAGAAGAUGAAAGGUCCUGCUUGGCUUGAUCUAAAACUACCUCAAAUUCAGACUGUGUCUACAAGUUGGUGUAAACUGGAGGCUUUGAUAACAAAACCUGAAAAUGUCAUUGUUAGUGAUGCCAAUAUUCCACCUCCUCCUCUUGUUCUGAUGACUUUGAAUAUGAGAACAUUACUGAAUCCCAAGACAAGACAGAAUGAGAUAAUUGCUGUGUCCUGUCUGAUACACAAAGAGUUCUAUAUGGACAGACCAGCUCCUAAAGAAAACUUUCAGCAACAUUUCUGUGUUAUCAGCAAACCAGCAGAUCUGAUCUACCCAUUUGACUUUAGAGAUCAAGUUAAGAAGAUGGCUAAAAAAAUGAAAGUUGAUAUCAUGCCUGCAGAGAGAGGUUUACUGGGAUACUUGCUGGCUAAAAUUCAUGCUUUUGAUCCAGAUCUUAUUGUGGGUCAUGACAUUUUUGGGUUUGAUAUUGAUUUGCUGUUACAUCGGAUCAGUGCCAAUAAAAUUCCACAUUGGUCAAAGAUCAGCAGAUUGAAACGCACAUCAAUGCCCAAAUUAACACAAAAUCAUAGCCGAGUAACAUUUGCUGAAAAAGCUGCAGUUUGUGGUCGUUUGAUGUGUGAUAUACAGAUAUCAGCCAAAGAGUUGAUCCGUUGCCGAAGUUAUGAUCUAACUGAACUAGCAAGUCAGAUUAUAAAAACUAAGAGGGAAGAAGUGGAUUCUGAUCACAUCAGAGAAAUGUUUUCGUCAAGUCCCAAGCUUCUAAAGUUGAUUGAGUUAUCCCUGUUAGACUCUCUCUACAUUUUACGAAUAAUGUAUGAACUUAAUGCUAUGCCUCUAGCAUUGCAAAUCACAAAUAUCUGUGGGAAUAUAUUGUCUAGAACACUUCUGGGAGGCAGGUCUGAAAGGAAUGAAUGGUUGCUGCUCCAUGCUUUCCAUGAAAAGCAAUACAUCUGUCCAGAUAAAGAAUACAAGAAAAAACAAGUUGCACCAAUCGCAGAAGAGGAGGAAGAUGUGGAUCAAGUGUUGUCCAAGAAAGCUGCCAAUGGCAAAAGAAAACCUGCAUAUUCUGGUGGUCUUGUUUUAGAGCCAAAAAAAGGUUUUUACGACACCUUCAUUCUGCUUUUGGAUUUCAACUCUUUGUAUCCUUCCAUCAUCCAGGAGUAUAACAUUUGUUUCACAACAAUCUCCAGAUCUGUGGAGGGUUCAACUCAAAAUGAGGCUGAAGAUGAUAUGCUAGCCAACAUUGUUCUUCCAAGUUCUGACCUUGAACCUGGUGUUUUGCCAACGGAAAUCAGAAAACUGGUCGAUAGCAGACGACAGGUGAAAGCUUUGAUGAAGGGGGACUUAACUGCAGAACAGAUGAUGCAGUAUGACAUUCGACAGAAAGCCCUUAAGCUAACGGCCAACUCUAUGUAUGGAUGCCUGGGGUUUACAUUCUCCAGGUUUUAUGCCAAGCCCCUGGCUGCAUUGGUUACCAGCAAAGGAAGAGAGAUUCUUUUAAAGACAAAAGAUCUUGUUCAGAGUUUAAAUUUGGAUGUAAUUUAUGGAGACACUGAUUCAAUUAUGAUCAACACUAAUAUAACAGAUUUUGAUCAAGUUUACAAGAUAGGAAAUAAGGUGAAAAAUGAAGUCAACAAACUGUACCGUCUGCUAGAGAUUGACAUUGAUGGUGUGUUCAAGUCAAUGCUGUUGCUAAAAAAGAAGAAGUAUGCUGCUUUAAGCAUUACAAAGGGACCAGAUGGACAGAUUGUCACCCACCAGGAGAUGAAAGGUUUAGACAUUGUUAGGAGAGAUUGGUGUGUUUUAGCCAAGGAGGCUGGCCAGUAUGUUAUCAGUCAGAUUUUCUCUGGUGAAUCAAGAGAGACAGUUGUGGACAAAAUUCAUUCCUAUUUACAAGACAUUGGAGAUAAAGUUAGAUCAGGAGAGGUUCUGCUGGAAAGUUUUUACAUCACAAAGCAACUGACAAAAAAUCCUGAAGACUACCCUGACUCCAAGAGUUUACCUCAUGUCCAAGUGGCAAUGAGGUACAACACCAAAUCUGGCAAGAAACUGAAAGCUGGUGAUACAGUUCCAUACAUUAUUUGUGAGGAUGGAAGUACAAUGUCUGCUACUCAAAGGGCAUAUCACCCAGAUGAAUUGGCAAAAAAUGAAAACCUAAAAAUAGAUGUAAAAUAUUAUCUGGCGCAUCAAAUUCAUCCUGUGGUUGCCAGAUUGUGUGACCCUAUCGAAGGAACUGACAGUGCACAUAUAGCCCAAUGUCUUGGUUUAGAUCCAUCAGGCUAUCGCCCUACAACUCGCCAGGAGGAAGUAGAGGAGGACUUGGUUACCUUACAACUAACAAUGGAGGAAAAAUUUCGUGAUUGUGAGCGGCUGAAAUUUCCUUGCCCAUCGGUUAAAUGCAGUAGAAGCAUUGUGCUGGACUCGCCAUUUACUGGGAAUGACUCAAGUCUAGCAGCAGCUUUGUUGUGCUGUCCCAACACUGACUGUCGAACGCCUCUAUGGAAAUCUAAAAAUCAGAUUAAGAAUCUUCUUCAGCUCAAGAUACAGCAACAUGUCAACAAAUACUAUCAAGGCUGGUUAAAAUGUGAAGAUACUGGCUGUGCUACGAGAACUAACAGACUGCCUUUGAUCAUGCAACGAGGCCAUCCAGUUUGUCCUGCUUGUGACAAGGGCUACUUGUGUCUAGAAUACACAGACACUGCUUUGUACAACCAGCUAUGUUUUUAUGACUAUAUGUUUGAUAUUCAGAAAGCUGCAAGCUAUUUAAAUGAGACUGAGAAAGCCAUCAUCAGGAAAAUGAAUCCUGAACUCUUGGAAACGUAUAGAGAAUUGAAACACUUAACUUCCCGAUGGCUGGACAAAAGUACUUAUUCAAAUGUUGAUCUUGGAAAGCUGUUUCAAGGACUUGGACUCUCUCGGAUAAAAACAGAAAGAGAAAUUUGAACUGUCUUAUAUGUGUAUUAAGUAUGUAUAUUUUAUGUAAAGUAAAAAAAUAUGGUAUAUAUUUCAAAAUAAAUUAUGUUACAAAAUUUAUGUUACAUGUUUGGUUUGUUGAAAACUAAAUGUUUUCAGUGUUAAUUAAUUUGGUUCUGUUUACGUCAGAUAUACAUUAUAUUGUUUUCUUUUUUGUUCUUAAUAUGUCUCCAUGUAGCUAUGUCCACAAAUGUAGAUUAUAUUGAUGUUUCUGUUUUCUCUAUUUAGGAUUCCAGUCCAUGUUGUUAUGCUCACUGAAUUGUGUUCAAUGAUCAUUUUCUAAUAUGUGACAGACAAUACAUUUCAAUCAAUGGGCUUGUUUUAAUGAGCCUGUAUAAUGUGAUAAAGUAUCAUUCUGUUUCAAUAAAACCCUGAGAAAAUUUC